AUGCCGCCAUCUCGGUCGCCAUCAAAACGAGGAUAUGAGACAGUGCUUGAUCUACGAUCGUCCAGUCGCCGAUGCCCGGUGGAUAGAGGCGAUCAACUUCCCCUAGGUCUCCCACAGGUAAUGAUGGCUCUAAUUCGUGAUGGCUUUACCCUAAUCUCGCUAAAGGAAAGGGAUAACAGAGCGUAUAUGGAAGGCUUAUCCCAAGGAAUUCACUCAAAAGCACACGCUGAUGGUGUUGGACUCAAAACUAUUGUACGAGAUAUCAAUUUGCAUUGCUUGGAGACCUGGCAAGGUAGGUUUGUCCAACUCAUUUGCACCCACGCCUAG